AAAGAGAAGUCACUUUAGUGAUUUUUGCUGACGUGGCAAUCACAUAGAGCUUCUCAGGAAAAUUCUUAUAAUUCUAUUGGUUGAUUUUUUUGAAUUUUUCUUUUUCUUUUUUUUUUAUUCACUCGCCUCCGCGGAGUGGAAAACGCCGUCGUAUCUCAUGAAGUUUCUUCUUUUUUUUUUUUUUUCAAUCGCGUAUUAAUUGAAGGGGGAUAUGGUUUGAAACCGAUAAAGACAGUCCGACCAGAUGAGUUUGCUUCUCGACACUUUGAAGACUCAAUCAGAUCCAUCGCGUCAAGAUGCGACGACCAGAUGAGUUUCCUUCUCUCCACCAUCGAUCAGAUCGACGAGGUGAAGUUUGUCGAUACUCUCGUAAUAUACAGAUUUUUUGGUUUCUCUGAUUGGAUUCGACAUAUGUUAAGCUAUAAACUACGAUCUGCUUAUUAACAUUUAUAAUCUUUGUAUCUAAUUGAUUGAUUAACCUUCAGAGAUCGAAAGGUUGAAGAAGCUACAUACAUAAUCGUUAAACAACUUCGUUGACCAGGUAUUAUUAACUUCUUGAAGUUUUUCUACCUAUCUGUUUCUUGUUGUUAAGGUAUUGAUUCUCUUAAACAAUAACAUGAAGCUUGAGCAUCGAACUAAUUGCCACGUCCAGAGAAGUAUUUCGCGGACUGUCUACUGAUGGAACAAGAAGAGACAACUGACAUUUACAACAAACUUGGAUUCGACUUCAGUCUCUGAAGAAGGACUGUAAGAUUAUCUUCUCCUUAAUAACUCAACAAGCAUUUAGACAGUCCUCUCUUGAGAUUUUCAAGUUUGGUUUUCAGUUUCAUUAGCACGAUUUAGAGCUUCACAUUACUUAUCUAGUCAGUCUGUUGCAUCGCUAAUUGCAGGACACUUUAUAUUCUUUGCACUGGUUAUAAAUGGCCAGGCGCUUGAAAAUUCUGUAUGUAGCUUCGGUACCCACAUUUUCACUAGCUGAGUUGAAGCUGAGAAUGAAGUAAUAUUUGGGUCCUAUCUUCUUAAUUAGCUUUAAUUAUCUUAGGAGAGCAAAAAUGUCUUUAGCCUAUUUAGAAAAGCCCAAAUAUAUUGUCGAUUUAGUUAAGCCCAUAUAUAUAUUCGCUUGGGGGAUAAUAUUUAGAUAUUUAGUUUAGACUUGCGCAAGAUUGUUAACUAAUGUAAAUAUUAAUAAUUUUCCUUAUUAUUCAAACCAAUUUUUUGCGCCGGUUGAUAUCAUAUUUAUUACAUUACUUGCGCAAGUUAAAAUCAUAUCAUAUGCAAAUCACUUUUUGACAAUACACAUUUAAUAUCUUUCUUUAAAUGAUUUCAUUCUUUAUUAGGGGUCAUUAAUAUGAUAAAUUAAUCGCCUUUAUAUAUAUAGGAGACACCUGAAUGCUUAAAAUACAAACAUUCAGCUCUUACAAGAACAAUGGCAAUGGUGCGAGCCUCCAAAAACAUUGUUUCUUAUGUUAGAGAAUUAAAACCCCGUAAAGAUACGUCGCGUAUUGAAGUUAGGAUUGUUCGCUUGUGGAGAAACUAUAACAAAGAAUCAGGAAACACCAUUGAAAUGGUUUUUGUUGAUAAAGAAGGGACAAGAAUUCAUGCUUCAGUUGGUGAACAACUCAUCAAAAAAUUCGAUGACAAGCUACGCGAGGGAGAUGCGAUUGUCGUCCAGUUGUUCAAAGUGUAUGAUGCUAUUGGUGAAUACCGUACAAUGCCACAUCCGUAAAAAAUUGGCUUCUUUCAAACAACAUUUGUUGGAAAAGCUGAUGAUUUUCCAAGUGCAGUUCCCGAAAAGUAUUUCGCGGACUUCUCUGAUAUUCUUGGUGGAAAUCUUGAUCAUAGCUGUUUGGUUGGUGAGUGAGUUUCUUACACACUUAAAGAGUCUUUCACUUUUGUUAUACUUGUUCCUGAUUUGACGCUUGUUUUUGUUAUGUAGAAGUGUUGGCCAAAUAGUUAACUUCGGGUCUCUGGAAAACAAAAUAAUAAAAGGAAAAGAUAACAUGAGGCUCUUGAUUGAGUUGCGUGACCCAAAGUAAGACUAAGUUCUUAAUCGUAGUAAUAAUUUUGCUAGCUAAACAUCUAUAAUCUGUAUUUAACUUAAGUUUAUAUUAUACAGUAAUGUGAAGAUGAUGUGUACUCUUUGGGGUUGUUAUGCUAAACAAGUAUACAAUUACAAUAGGAGUAACAUGUCCACCAUGAUUAUUUGUGUUAUCAGAUUCUCUUAUGUUAAAGAGUGGAAAGGUAUAUAAUAUUGUUUCAAUUUGUGGAAAACUAUUACUCGCAUAACAUAUUAAUAAGAUCAAAAUACUUUGUAGGUGCUUACUCCAUAUCUAGCGGGUAUAAUUCAACCCAUAUUUUGCUCAACCCAACACUUGAAUUUAUUGAGGAGUUCAAAGCAAGGUACGUCUCCUGCGUCUUACGUUCCAGACCUAUUGAGGAGUUCAAUACAUCUAGAUUUUAAUUUUAAUUUCUGAACGUCAUUUUUAACUGAAACGUUUUUAAAUUAUGUGUGAUUAUUUGAUUUGGCAGUCUCCCUGAUGAUUCACUUGCUCUUACAAACAACGAUAGUAGCCAAUGGUCUGUUGGUACUGCUACAUCUAUUUGUGCCAGGUUUUUUGUUCUUAAUGAGAGGCUAACCAUAAGAGAGAUCAUUGAUAGUACUCUGGUAUAUAGACUACACCCUUCACUUUUUAAUUUUUUACACAUGAGUAUACUCCAUGUGUUAUUAAUGCUUUUAACAUAUUGUCAUUGACGAAUAGGUUGGCAGUUUUGUCACUCUGGGGACUAUUGAAACAAUUGAUACUGAACGUGGCUGGCAAUAUUUAAGUUGCAAAUACCACAACAAAAAAGUGAUGCCUACAACCAAUGUUGAUGACAAUGACCGGCCCUUGUUCUUCUGCAAUACAUGUGAUAAAGAACACAGUGAUGUCAUUUCCACGUAUUGUGCGGGUUAGAUAUACACACAUUUUAGUUAGGUAGAUCGUCAUGGAAAUAGUCUGUGACGUUUAUUUAUUUUUGUUUUCAGGUUCAAAUUAAUUGCUCAUGUUAAGGACGACAGCGGUGAGGCUAAUUUUCUUUUGUUUGAUGCUAAUGCUCAACAAAUUGUGCGUCAUUCUGCCGUUGAACUCUAUGACGAGGUACUUUUAGUAAUUCCUAUUUACAUCAAUUAACACCAUAAAUUCUUUUAUUGUGUUAUCUCUAUGUAAUUGUAGAAUGAAGAUGAAGACUUCUUACCAGAAGCAGUUAGCGAUCUCUUGGUAAGAGAGUCCUUUUUGAGAUUAGAUUAGGUAAUUCUAUGAUUAGCUUACACAAUGAUAGAAUCGAGUAGACUGCAUUACUUAUGGCUGAAUCAGAAAAAGCUCCGGUCAAGUAGUUACGCUGCAAUCCAGAAAGCAGCUACAAGAGCUGGAGCUAAGAUGGCUGAGCAAGGGAGCCGAAUUUUCAUUCCAGCAAUUUUCACCGGGGGAAAAAGGUAUAUGAAGCAGCACUACUAUGAUGCCAUGGUUCUGUGCAAAUACCAUGGAUUUCCCGAUAUUUUCAUCACUUUUACGUGCAAUCCAAAAUGGCCUGAAGUUACAAGGUAUCUGAAAAAAUAUAACCUGACCACUGAAGACAGACCAGAAAUAUUGUGUACAGUUUUCAAGAUGAAACUCGAUAAUCUUAUCGGCGAGUUGACUAAAAAGAACGGCUCCUUAUUUGGGCUUGUUGCUGCAGGUAAAUCUCCUUUACAUGUUGCUUAUAUUAAUUGUUUAAGCAAAACAACUAAUUUAGAUAGUAUUUUGUAUGUAAAAAUUUUCUAAAUAUUUUAUUUUUUAUUUUGUCAGUAAUGUACACAAUUGAGUUUCAGAAAAGAGGAAUGCCACACGCUCAUAUUCUUGUCUUCGUGGAAAAAGGAUCAAAAUUUCCAACAGCCGAUGAUAUAGAUAAGAUUAUUUCCGCUGAAAUACCAGACAAGACAGUAGAUCCAGACCUGUAUGUAAUCGUUGGGGAUUGUAUGAUGCAUGGUCCUUGCGGUGCAGCAAAGAAGAAUAAUGUAUGUAUGGUUAACGGUAAAUGUUCUAAGAUGUUUCCGAAACCUCUCAACAUCAGGACAUCGAUUGACGCAGAUGGAUUUCCAGCUUACAUGCAUCGGAUUGAUGGUAGGUUCAUUGAGAAAAAUGGAAUAAGAUUAGACAAUGGAUUUUUUGUACCAUACAACAGAGACCUCAUGCUUCGUUAUCGCGCGCAUAUGAAUAUCGAGUGGUGCGUCCAAACACGAGCUGUUAAGUAUCUUUUCAAAUAUAUCCAUAAGGGACCUGAUUAUGCCUCAGCUGCAAUGGAUAAAGAAGAUGAAGAUGGCGUCAUUGACGAAAUCAAAACAUAUUACGACUGCAGGUAUUAUUAUAUUUAAACCAAUUCGUGUUAGUAUCUACAAAUUACUAAAUUCUAUAAAUUUAUAACAAUAUAUUAAAAAUUCAGUAGAAACUCUAUAAGCAAUUCAUCAAUCAUAGAAGAUCAAUAAAUUAAUACUAAUUAGAAUAUUGAACUUUAUACAUUAACUUCAUUUCUCCAAUCCAAGUUUGGGCAAUUGUAAAAUAUCAGAUAAUACGAAAAAAAUAAUAAGAUAAUAAAGGAAAGUCGUCAAGUUAGUUAAAUAUAUGGUCACACUGAAGUUCUAAGUCAAUAAUAUCAAAUACUAUCUUCGUUGGAUGUUAUAAUAUACAAAAUUUUCCACAAUUUUUACUAUAUGUGGACCGUAUAUAUCAUAUUUAUUAUCAUUUAUAAUUUAUUAAUAAUAGAUAUAAAACAAAAUUUGUAUUCUACGCUAUGUCUUUGCAAAGGAAAUGAAAAUACAUCAAUAAUCUAUUACUAUUAGUACAAAUAUAUAUGUAUAAGCUUUAAAAAAUAUAUAAUAUCAUAAAUGAAAUUUAUAUAACUCAUUUGCUUACAAUAAAAUAAAUACAUUAUUAACAAAUAGAGUUUAUCUGUCUUUUACAUUUUAAGGUCUACGUUCAUCUUUACUAAUUUAUGUUUUCAUAUUUCUUAAUUAGAUAUAUUACUGCAUGCGAGUCGUCGUGGCGGAUUCUUGCUUUUCCUACACAUUUUCGUACUACUUCUGUAGAGAAACUUGGCUUUCAUCUUCCGGAUCAGGAACUGGUAUUUUUUUAUGAAGACGAACCUAUUGAGAGUAUUCUCAACAAAAAGACUGUCAACCAAUCCAUGUUUUUGGCCUGGUUCAUAGCAAACAGAAAAUACGCACAGGCAAGAGAGUUGACAUAUGCCGAAUUUCCAACAAAAUUUUUUUGGAAAUCAGGUACGAGAGAAUGGGUACCACAGAAACAAGGCUUUGCGAUAGGGAGGAUUGCGCAUAUUCAGCCAUCAAGUGAUGAGCUAUAUUUCUUAAGAGUAUUGGUAAAUUGGGUAAGCGGGCCGACAUCAUACGAGGAUAUAAGAACAGUUGAUGGUAUUUUAUAUCCUACAUACGAAGAUGCUUGCUAUGCGUUGGGAUUGAUGGAUGAUGACAAGGAAUUCAUAGAAGCUAUCAAAGAUGCAAGUGACUGUAGUUCUGCCACGUAUGCCAGGAAGCUUUUUGCGAGAAUGUUGGUUUCCAAAUCUUUGUCUCAGCCUCAUGUUGUGUGGGAAGCUACUUGGGAGUAUCUUACCGACGAUAUUCUUUACAAGAAGCGGCGAGAAACUGGACGACCUGGACGACCUAGGCUAAUUGUUACUCAGUUACUGCCCCAUGUGAUAGAAGGUAGAAUUAUAACCGGAAACAAAAUUGCUGGACAUCCGGUUUGGAUCCCUAGAAUGUUUGUCACACCACCUGACACAAAGUUUCCCUUCAGAAUGCGUCGAAGACAAUUUCCAGUUACUUUGGCUUUUGCGAUGACCAUCAACAAAAGUCAAGGUCAAACACUGGAAAGUGUUGGGUUGUUUCUGCCUAGGCCAAUGUUCUCUCAUGGUCAGCUCUACGUUGCAUUUCACGAGUUAAGUCAAGAUCUGGAUUAAAAAUUCU